CCUUACUUCUUUGUGGUUGUUUGCCUAUCUACAUUGCCAUUUUGUAAAUGUGAGUGUACAAAAUUUCUGUAAGACAAUUUAGCCAUUAAACGUUCGAUUAUGUUGAAUCUUGUGUGCGAACUCAAAAUGUUAUGUUUGUCUCGUCACCCCGUCGCCUAGCCCAUUGACAAUUAGCAAACGGACCGUGGAAAGUGCAAUCAGCCCGAAGUCUGAAACUGCAAAACUCCGUUCACCGUUCGCCGUUCUCCGUUAGUCCUUUGUUGAUGGUAAUCGUUGUGAAACGAAGAAGAAAGAGAAAACCGUAGCAUUCCGUAGAGGCAUUAUUCGAGGCACGGAGCGAGCAUGUUUAGUAUCAGCGAGCUCUGCUGCAUGUUUUGCUGCCCCCCAUGUCCGGGCCCCAUUGCGGCCAAGUUGGCCUUCCAGCCGCCGGAGCCCACGUACAAACUGACUCCGGCGGACGACACCAAUAUCCGGUACAACCUGCAGCUCUUCGACCGUGCCGAAUGGCAGUACUCCGAGCGAGAGAAAUCGAAAGUGGAGGCCUUCUUUACGCGCACUUCGCGUGGCAACCUGAUCACCUGCAUCUACGUUAGGUGCAGCAAGAACGCCAAGUACACGCUGCUCUUCUCCCACGGAAACGCCGUCGAUCUUGGCCAGAUGAGCAGUUUUUAUUUAACGCUCGGCUCCCAGAUAAACUGCAACAUCUUUGGUUACGACUAUUCGGGCUACGGGAUGAGUGGUGGCAAGCCCUCUGAAAAGAAUCUAUAUGCUGACAUCGAGGCUGCUUGGCAGGCAAUGAGAACCAGAUUCAACAUCAGCCCGGAGACAAUCAUCUUGUACGGCCAGAGCAUUGGCACAGUGCCCACUGUGGACUUGGCCUCGCGUCACGAGGUUGGAGCUGUGAUACUCCACUCGCCACUCAUGUCAGGCCUUCGAGUCGUGUUUAGGAACACAAAGAGAACCUGGUUCUUCGACGCCUUUCCCAGCAUUGAUAAGGUGGCUAAGGUGAAGGCUCCGGUUCUGGUUAUCCACGGCACAGACGACGAGGUUAUUGACUUUUCCCAUGGCAUCGGAAUCUACGAACGGUGUCCUAAGACUGUCGAGCCAUUUUGGGUAGAGGGCGCCGGACACAAUGAUGUUGAACUGCAUCCGCAUUAUUACGAGCGACUGCGCAAGUUUCUUUCGGUGGAGCUCGUCAAAUGACAAUUAAAGAAUAAUGUCGACGGAGGCGUUAGUGACACUACAUCGGGUAUAAUAUCUAAUUCAAACCCUGCCGCAGGUAGUGCGUCCCUAAGUUCAAAACAUCCGAAUCCUGCAGCGGCUGCAGGGAGCGAACCAAGUAAAAAAAAUGUGGAAGCAAAUAACAAACGGAUUGAAAACGAUGGUGCCUCAAAUUCCAGCCAGAGUUCUACUAAAGCUCUCGAGCAGAAGUUUCUUUAG